AUGUUCCGGUUUAUUUCCAGGGCUCUUGCUUUCUGGAGGAGAAGGGACUCGUCGGAGGGACAGAGGGCUCAGUAUCUGAGGCUCUUGGAAGGUGACACCAGGUUAGAAACUGUGCAGGGAGUCGUGACAAAGUUCUGUAGUGAUUACGGCUUGAUUGAUGAGUUGAUCUACUUCAGCAGUGAUGUUGUGACUGGCAAUGUGCUUCUGAAGGUUGGACAAAAAGUUACUGCAGUUGUGGAAGAAGAUAAAACAUCUCACGGAUUGAAAGCGAUUAAAGUGGAUGCUUUCCAUGAUCAUUGCCGUGGUGAUGGGCUGUCAGACUCCUAUUCUAGAGUUUCAUUUGGCUGUAUUACUUCUCCAGUGGAAGGUGCUAACUACAUUGAUCAUACAAGUUACUUCUCUCUAGAUGUUGUUUGUAAAGAUUUUGAGCCUUAUCAGGGUGACCGAGUAGAAGUUGAGUUUUCCAUCCAGCCAGACACACAGAGCAGAAAGGCCGUCUCAGUGAAGCCUCUGCGACAUAAGCAUGUGCAUGAGGUCUGCAUUACUAGCCUACACGGAAGAAAUGGGGUGAUAGAUGAGAGUAUCUUUUUCACCUUGGAUUCUCUGAAACUUCCUGAUGGAUACGUACCUCGAAUAGCUGACGUCGUUAAUGCAGUCGCAGUCGAGAGCAUUCAGUCCUGCUAUAUUUGGAGAGCAAUUUCUAUGACUCUAGUGAAAAGGUGGUAACAAGAAAACAAUGUUUUUAUUCCCUGUUCAGCUUUUCUUCUCUUGGCAGUGAAGGACCUGGUUUAAAUGUGUUUUGAAAAGAAAAAGUAGGUUAGUAAACCUCAACAAUUAAUUAAGAUACACCUUUCAAAUCCUGUGUGGGUUGG